AUGGAUAUAUCAAGUUCACAAUACAAUAGUGCUGGUGAAUCUGGUUGGACACAUUACUUGGACCAAUCCUCUCUAUCUGAAACUUAUUUCCAGAGGAGAGGUGGGAUAGUAGAAUAUGAAGGAAAGGGGGCUACAAUGGACGAAGAGGAGGAAGAAGAUUUAUCCAUGAUCUCUGAUGCUUCAUCUGGUCCUCCUCAUUAUCGUGAAGAUGAUGAACAACACUACUGUGUAAAUUGGUAUCCUUCUACUUCUCACUACUCCAAAGAAUCAGAAAAGAAGAAGAAGAAGAAGGUCAAAGAACAUGGUAACAAUCCGCAUCCUUCACCUCUUGAUGACACUGCCAGUUCCCCUGUUCUUAACUGUGCCAAGAAGAAAGUCAGUUUCUCAGGGAAUGGAGCAGUGGAAAACGCAGUGGAUUUCCCUCCAUGCUUCUCGGGGACAAAAAUAAAGAGAAAAUCUAAAUUUCAGAAGCAUUUCAGUUUCUUUGAGCGUUCUGGAAAACAAACUUCGGGGGAACCAGGUGGUUUCAAUGAAGGAAGGAAAUGA